UUUUCUUUUUGUCUUUCUUGUUUUGUUGUUGGUGUUCGGGCCACAGCUGUUGUGCGCAUGCAUUGCUCCAAUUCAUCCCGCACAUCUACGCAGGACACAUACGUGCUCGUGGAAUCGUUUGGACACGCUCGCCUCUUUUAGCAGCAUCCACCUUUUGCUUCAUCUCCCGCCCCCGGUCUCUACACUGGCUCCUUUUGCUUAGGUUUUGGGGGCAAUUUUACUUGGAUUUUUUAAAAAAACAUGUCUUUAUUUUUGAAUUUUUUGUCAGUGUUAGUGGUGGAAUUGAAAGAAUUUUGAUUUUGGAGGAUUUUGAUUGUUUUCCGGCAGGUGUGAAUUGAACUUUGCUGGAGUUUUUCAUGCAGAUGCCAGGUGAACUUUUGUUGUAGGACUGCAAUUUUUAAUUAGUUUUUCUUCAGCAUUUUUAGCUAAUGGGAAAAAGUGUUUUUUAUGUGGAAGAAAAUAAAAAAAAAUAAAAGAUACAGUAUUUAUAAAUAUAUAUUUUUAUGCAAUAAAACAUGACAAAAAUAUACAAAAUGUUAAUAGUAAAUUAUUAGACGGCUAAAUUAAAAAAAAACAUAGUUAUGUGAUAAAAAUAUUAGAAAAUACAAGAUUAUGAAUUCAAAAAUUUGAAUAAAAUACCCUCUCACCAAGCUGCUUGCUUAUUUUCCUGUAGCCCAUCCCAGCCUUUUGCAGGUCUAUUAUUUUAUCCCUGAUGUCCUUAAACAGCUCUUUGGUCUUGGCCAUUGUGGAGAGGUUAGAGUUUGUUUGUUUGAGCACGUGAACAGGUGUCUUUUAUACAGGUAACAAGUUCAAACAGGUGCAGUUACUUCCGGUAAUGAGUGGAGAACAGGAGGGGUUCUUAAAAAAGAACUGAGAGCCGAAAUAUUUACUAUUUGGUAAUGUAUCAAAUACUUAUUUCAUGCAGUUAAAUACAAAUUUAUUAUUGAAGAUUUAUACAAUGUGAUUUUCUGGAUUUUUGUAUUAGAUUCCGUCCCUCACAGUUGAAGAGAACUUAUGAUACAAAUUACAGACCUCUACAUGGCUUGCAAGUGGGAAAACCAGCAAAAUCGUCAGUGUAUCAAAUACUUGUUCUCCCCACUGUAUAUGAAACCGUAAAGUUUGAAAGCCAACUGCGACAUUGCAAUUGCAAGAGAUGCGUCUUUUGCCCAAAAGAUGGCGUAGUCCCCUCCGAAAUCAGGUCGCGUUUUCUAUGCGAAACUGUGUAAAAUUUUGUCAAAGUCUGCUCAGCCAUUUUGGAGUCCAUAGGGAACGAACACACACACAAAGUUCCAUUUAUACUGUAUAUAAGCAUAUUAUGUUGAAUAUGAUGUAAUGUGUAGGCCUGUCGCGAUAACAAAUUUUAGUGUGCGAUAAUUUAUUACAUAAAUUGUUGCGAUAUGCGAUAUUAUUGCACCCCCCCCAAUUAAAAAAAAAAUACAAUAACACUGUGAGAAUACAGUAUAUAUUAAUAGAUCAUGUACACCCAUUUAAACGCAAUAAAUGUUUACCCUUAAAUUCAAAAAUACUUUUUAGGAAAUCACAACUAAAAACAAUAGACCAUGCCUCUUUUAAGUAAAAGAUAACAAUAUUAAUACUGCACAGAAACACAGAAGAUAUAAAAUGUGUUUUUUAACAAAAAUAAAAUUGCACUUAAGGAUUUAAGCAUCUAGGCAAAUGAAAACGUUUCCCCUCAUAGCUUCUGCUAUGUCGUUCCAUGUGUAAUACAGUGGUACCUCUAAAUACGGAGUUAAUUCGUUCCAGGAGCUUGUUUGUAAGUCGAAAUGGUCAUAUGUCGAGCAGGAUUUUCCCAUAAGAAUACAUUAUAAUUCCAAUAAUUUGUUCCACAGCCCGAAAACCCACACUAUAUCCAAAAUAAGUGCUGCUGUUACCAUUGCAAAUAGUAAUUACAAAGAGCAAAACAAAUAAAAUAUGAAUACAAAUCAGAAUAACAAUAAUAUAAUAGCAAUAAUAACAAUAAUACAGUACAGUACCUGUAAUAAUGUAACAAAUUGGCUUCUAAUGUGGCAGACUUUUUUUUCUGUACCUGAACGCACCACGGGGCUGACAUUAAGCAGGAGAGCGCUAUUUUACUUUCUGUUUCGAUCCUGGCGUCAACAGCAGUGGACACUUGACGAGUUGAUGGAAUAAAUGAUUUGAAACCUGACGAAGCUAGCGAUUUCUUAGGCGAUGUUACCACCAUAAGAACUGUCACCUUAACUUAUAAAGACUGGCGAACGGAGGGGGACCGCUGGCCGAGAUCGGCAUUCUACGACCCAGUUCAUGGAUGCACACACUGUGCUUAUAUUUUGCUAUCAUUCACAUCUUCAUUUCAAUGGCACUGCGGCAGGUCUAGGAUGACCGGCAAGAGUCAGACCAGCAACGUGACCAACAAGAAUGACCCGCGCUCGCUCAACUCCCGCGUCUUCAUUGGCAACCUCAACACUGCGGUGGUGAGCAAGGCCGACAUCGAGGCCAUCUUCGCCAAGUACGGCAAGAUCGUGGGCUGCUCCGUGCACAAAGGCUACGCUUUCGUCCAGUAUGCCAGUGAGAGGAACGCCCGGGCGGCCGUCUCGGGCGAGAACAACAGGGUCAUUGCGGGACAGUCAUUAGACAUCAACAUGGCAGGAGAGCCCAAACCAUACCGGCCCAAGAUGACCACCAAGAGGCCAUUGUCAUCCCUCUACAGUGGCUAUGAGUUUGACUAUGACUACUACAGAGAUGACUUCUACAGCAGACUGCUUGAGUACCAUGGUCGUGUGAUGCCGCCCACCAGGGCCGUCAUCCCGGUCAAGCGCUCUCGGCUCGUUGUGCCGUCCACCCCACGUAGAGUCAAGUCUUCAUUCUCUGUCCGGGCCUGCUCUUCCCCAUCUUCUUCCUCUUCUUCUUCUUCCUCCCGGCUGGUCAACGUUGCCUCAUCUGUCACAGGACCCAAGCUGAAGACAGACCAGCUGCUGAGCAUCAAAAAGGAACUGUCGCAAAUCAAGACCAAGAUAGACUCCCUGCUGGGGAGGCUUGACAAAUUUGAAAGGCAGCAUGAGAUGCAGAGGAAACAUGAGGAGGCCUGUGAAUGUCACCACGACGACCAGCCCGACCACUCUGGCGGAGAGGAUCUGGGGCCGACGGCAGAGGCCGAGGCAGGGGAGAUGACAGACGGGGGCGACGAUUACUUUGAGGAUGAGGGUGCGGGUGACAUGAUGGAGAACCACAUAUCGGAUAUUGAAAACUAACCAAGUUACACAUCACGGAAGUCUGCGGCUCACAAAAGAUUGCAGAAGAGUAGACCAGCAAAGCCUCCAUGAACCGGAAGGACUGUUUGAAAUGAAAAAGCAGCUAUGGAGGGGAUGGCUAGAUUGUUGAUUGAGUGUUUGCCUCAUCAGAUUAAAAGAGAACAACAACAUUGACACUCCUAAUAUGUUUGUCAUCCAAACUAGUUUUCAAUGGCAAGAUCAAUCAAAAAGAGCAAUUGACCGCAAACUUUUAAAUCCAAUGCCACUAUGGUCUAUAUUGUCUUUAAUUCUGAUUUACAGCAAAUGUAUGUUGAAAAAAUAUGAAUGUAAGAGGAACACUUCAUGUGCUUUGCUAUACUUGUACAGUCAUUUUGUCUUUUUUCUGUCAUGCAUCGUAUAAUGUCCCUUUGGCAAAUUCUGUCGAAGAAAAUAUUUUUUACAAUCAGCAUGUAAAAACAUAAAAAGUGACUAUCAUGGACUAUUCAUUGCAUUGGUUGUACAGCUAUGAAUGAGAAUAUUGUAGGUUU